GUUCUGGCCUGAUGGAAUGAUAAUUAUGCUGUAUCGAGGAAAUCUCUCAAGCAAUAGUCUUGCUACGUCCAAGCUUUGUUCUCGGUUGGCAUUACCACAAUGCAUUCGGAAGGGUGAUCAAGUCUCCUUUUCGUUGCACGUCGCUGGAGUUCUCAAGCGGCUGUCUGUAGACCUCACGCUGGUUUAGUUUGAUUCUCAAGGAUCCACUGGAUUUCUUUAAGUUUUCAUGGCUUUCAAAGCUUCACAUGCAACGGUUACCGACGUUGUGAUCCUCCGUCAUCUAGUUUGGCAGGAUCGUCAUGAUUGCUGUCUUUCUUUGAGAUCAAAACCAUUCGAGUACGCGUCGCUGCCGUCGUUGAUUUCUUUCAUUCCUCCUUGAAAACUGAGUGGACUCUAACGGAAGACAGUGAAGAUCAAAAGAGCUUUCGUAGUAGGGACUUCAACGAAUGGCGCAGCUGUUGCUUCAGAAAGCACUUGCCUUGCUCUUAUAAUGACUCAUCAAAGUCUGGUCGAUAAAAGCUGAGUGGACUACUAUAUUACACGGGUACAGUCGAGUCGCUGGGAAGCGAUCCAAACCAAUUUUGGGACCACAUUUGAAGAGAUUGGAACACUAAUGCAUGCGUAAAGUAUGCUUAUUACAGACUGCAAGCCUGUGCAUGGUAAGGUGAUAAGAUCCUGAAGCAGUGUACUUGUCCUACGUUUGAUCCAGUACAGUUUGACCUCUGAUGACAACUACGUUGCCUAUGAAGGCCCUUCAAUGCUUCCUUUUCGGACAUCAUCUUCCCCUACUUUGCUUGCGGAAUGGAAACGAUAACAGAUUUGGAGAGCUUGAGAACAGGAAACUAGGAAUAUCAAACUCUUGUACAAAUUGGUUGGACAAUAAGCUAGUGGUUGCCUGUUAUGGGUAUCAGAGCCUCUCGAGUCCAGCACGAACGAGGAUACUGCCAGCGCUUGGCACGACAGACGUUCUUUUCUAUUUAACCUUAUUAAGGCUUGUUGGCUGGCGUGCUGGCGGGUUUAAGCGUUCUUGCCACGUGGAACUGUCAUAACCAUUUGGUCACUUUCCAUUGUAUCCAGCCGAGACUAAACGACUAUGCACAUCAUCGGGUUACUGUACUACGCAUAUGCAAGACAGACAAGAAUAGUGUUGAGAACUGAGACCCAGGAGGUACUGAUACCCAGUUUCACCUUGGACUUUUGUCGAAUUGAACUCAGCCUGCGAUUGCAACAUUGGUCUAAGCAGUGUUUCGAAACUGCACGGUUUUCAAAUUUGGCCAGUAUCACCGCGAUUCGGGACAUUGCUCUCUGUCACUGAGAGGAACUAAGACAUGCCCAUAUUUUCGAAAGUCUUCAGUUGAUUCAGAAUUGGGUACAAAAAAUCCACCAACAAGAUCUGAACACGCUAUGGCGAAGUCUGUGGCCGAGGUUAUCGGGGACAUCGAGGUUGAGAAGAUAACAGGUCCUUCAGACGCCCAAGCUCUGAAGAUAGGCUCCUUCUGGCAGGAUCAGGGCGUGGUUGUUCACUUUCUCCGACGCUUUGGAUGCCGCUUGUGCCGAGGAUAUGCCCAAGAAUUGUAUCAGAUCGUUCCCACUCUUGAGGCAAGCGGCUGGCGUGUUGUUGCUAUCGGAAUUGAAAAGCUUGGUCUUGAGGACUUUCAGGCGGGAGGUUGGUGGAAUGGUGAACUUUACAUCGACAACGGCAAAAGUGCGCUCAAGGCUUUGGAUGUGAAGCAAGUAGGGAUCAUCACCGCCAUUAAGGAUAUAAUCAUGAACAAGGAUGUCGGAGAGGCCGCCAAGAAAACGAAAGACGUUCCUGGGAACUUCAAGGGAGAUGGCAGGCAACUGGGAGCAACUUUUGUCUUUGCAAAAGGGGGUGAAACUCUGUUCGACCACAGGCAGAAAAAUUUUGGUGAUCACCCAUCGAAUGUAUCAAUUUUGAGGGCUUGUGGUAUUGAUGAGAGCACCGUGAAGCAAUCUCUUGUAGAUCCUUCUCCUGCUGUGCAAUGUGACACAGACGCUAGUGCACCUGCCUCGUCGUGAGGAGGAGGAGACCUUCUUUAAAAAGGGUAGUCUGAUACGGUAUCUGCGAGCGUUCGAUAAUCACUGCUCCGUUUAAAACUUUUCUCAUCGUGGAUAGUGUAUCGUAAAGUGUUAUGACGUAUUCACUGAUCGUUAGUAUGGUAGCCUUCAGAUUUUUCAUUCAAAUCAACCUGUCGUAAACUUUGAAGUAUCCAGCAGAUUUACCGGUAUCUAUGACUUGUAAGUUCUAUUCAGAAGCCAUGCAGUGAGCUUAUUGCUGUUAUAGUUAGCCGACCUGACCCUUUACAGUCGGAAUUCUCCGUGUCCAGAGAAGAUCCACCAUAUACUUUGUAAACGUUGCUGUAAAACUCUUACUGUACCGUGACAUCUUGCGCAUAAGUUGGCAUGUGUAAGCUUAUGCACCAAGUCUUCUUCUACUUGAGUCAUUGACUCAUAAGUUAUGAGUCCUGAAUCGUUAUGAGUCAUAACGAUACAGGAUUCGUACAUGUCUUUAUCAAUAAGUUCACAGUAUGAAUUCGCCUACAACGGUUAGCUACAUG